AUGAUAGUUCGACAUGAGGAAGAGAUGAUAUGGGAGCCUGAGCAUGCUUCCAACAUACCGGUUCAUUACCUUGCGGUCGAUACCAAUGUCUUCAUAUCUCAUCUGAAUCUGAUACGGACCAUACAUACUCUACUCCUAGGGCUCAGACCGAGUCCGAUUAUAUUCUUAUUACCAUCCGUCGUGAUACAUGAAUUAGAUACCCUCAAAGCCUCUCGGGCACCUUCCGAGCCCGACUCGCCUAUAACACUUGGUCGACUCGUCCAAGCUGCCAAUACGUGGUUAUUGGAGGUGCAUCGAAAUAGGCGUAUGACGGGUAUAGGAGCUUUGAGAUGUCAAAGUCUGAAAGAACAGUGGGAUACCAAGAUCAAGGAUCAUGGCCAGAAUGAUGACCAGAUACUAGAUUGUUGUCUUCAUUUCGCAAAUCACGGUGCGAAAGUGACAUUGUGGACUAACGACAAGAACCUAAGUGUGAAGGCAGAAUCAAAUGAUAUACCAACGCUAGGAGCACAAAAUAUGACUCUAACCAAAUUCUUCAAAUCGAUAGAUGAGAUCUUCCCAGAAUCAUUAUGGAAAGAAGUCAAUCGUCUGAGGAUAUACGAUGGACCUUCUCAUGAUCAUAACAAUGGGAAUGGAGUGAGAGUAUCUGAUGAUGACAUGGAUAUGGACAUGGACAUGGAUCAUGAUUUGCAUGAGCCUAUCACUGAACAUCAGUCAAUUGGGACUAUAUCCCAAGAUGAUGAAGAAGAAGAAAGACGUUAUCCUUAUUUACUCCCUCAACCUACUUCCCCCUUGCCUCCUUCAUCAUACCAUCCCACAUCCUCAUCCCUUCCAGUCACACCUGUUUGGUCCAGACGGAAUCCCAACUCCUACCUUCCCUCGCCAACACCAACUCAAUCCCCCUCGCCCUCGCCAUUUCAGCAAAAUCGACAACCAACUUCGCCAAACUCCAUACCGAUGGAUCGACAUUCCUCAAGUUCUAAAUCCAGCUCGAAAUCGAUAUCGAUGAAAUCACGUUCUUCAGUAUCUCCGACAAAAUCAUCGACCUCAAGACCCUCAAUACCCUCAAGACAAUCUUCAGAUUCGACAUCGACAUCGACAACGACAUCGACAACGACAUCGAUACCAGUCAACCGAACACCAACCGGACCAUCCAGAAUCAUACGCACGUCACUCCAACUUUCCCUCCGUCCAUUCGUUAUAUCGCUCCUCCGCCAACAUCCUAACCCACCCCAUCCGCCCGACCAACCACUCGAAACUCAGCAGAUCCUAUCGACAUUAGCAGAUACAUUAAGUACGUUAGAUACCACCCUUCAACAGCUGGGUGAACCUCCUUCUUCGGAAAUAAGGAUAUCCCUUAUCCGAUCGAUAAGUGCCGUCAAGACUAUCAACAAUUAUAUAGAUAAUCAUACUGGUGUAGAUCUUAGGAGAUCCCUGGAGAAAGGAAAUAGAAGAAUAAGAUCAGGUGAGAUUGUAGAGUGUUUGGAGAAUUUGAGAAAGACGUUCAAGGAAUUGGGUUUGGGAGUGGAUACGGAUCAUGAAGGGUUGGAUGAUGUGAUUGAGGAUAUCAAGAAAUUAGAUUAG